CAUUCAUUAUCAUGCCUUGGGAGAAAAGGCUUAAGGGGGCGUGAGGUUCACGUGAUGGGAGGAGAAUGUGAGUAAAAAACCAAAAGUCUCACUCUUAAAUUGGGCGAAGUUUUUAUUUAAUGAAUUUCCUUCCAUUCCAUCCCUUGAGUUCAUUUCAACAUGAACGGACAGAUCUUCUCCGGCGUGUGAGCAAAGAAACAACCACGUCGGCGUCAACAAGUACUGUCCUUCCAUGGCUGAGUAUGGUAAUGCACUGGAUGAAGCCAAGAGGCCAACACAUUGCGCGCACUCAAACGCGUCACCUUUCUUGCUUUCAGCAAAUAUGUCUUUCAAUGGGAUUCUGUUUUUAUUACAAAUGAGUAGAAGACUGAUAUAUAGGUAAAGCCAUGCAAUUGAUGUACAAAGUUAAUUUGAUGCAUUGCUUAGUUGCAAAGUUCUACAUUAUAUUGUUGUUGUUGGCAUGUUGCAUGGCCAACAUGGUUGUACCGGUGGUGUGCAUGGGUUACCUCCCUCUAAAACGGCUAGUUCCACUUAAGGAUCACAUUGAGAUGGACACCUUGAGAGCUCGUGACGGAGCUCGGCACUCAAGAAUCUUCGGAGGUGUUGGAGGCAUAGGCAAUUUCACGGUCCAUGGCAGUGCUGAUCCAAACUCCUUCGGGAUGUAUACUACAGAAGUGAUUGACACAGGAAGUGAUCUUUUGUGGGUCACAGGAAGUGAUCUUUUGUGGGUCAAUUGCAAAGGUUGUAGUAAUUGCCCUCAAUAUAGUGGACUUGGGAUUAAGCUUAAGUUCUUUGAUACUGCUGGUUCAUCCACAAAUUCGUUGGUUAAAUGCUCGGACCCCAUAUGUCCUUUUGGAGUUCAAGGAUCAUUGAAAAGAGGAAGAACAAUGAUCAAUACACUAAAGUUUCUUCUAACAACAUUUGUUGUAGUUCUUCUUUUCUCCACAUGUAUGGCCAAAGUUCAAAUUCACUUAGAGAAAUGUUUUGCAAGAUGUGGUCAAAUCCCUAAUUGUAACUUAUUCUGCACUAACAAGGGAUUUUUGCAAGGAUUGUGCACUGCAAACAAUAAUAUUUUACUGUGUUGUUGUUACAAUCUAUAGGUUGCAGUGAUCACCUACAAUUCUAGAGUACUACUAGUGUGACUGCCCAAUAAAGAGUAACCCUUUGAUUGAUUGCUUAUAAGAUAAACCAGUCUGAUAGCUAUAUGUGAUUGUUUAUGCUUCAUGGAAUUGCUAAGCAUUUUUUCUACUAAAUUCUGAUGAAUACUCGAUGUUUUGUUUCUAAGAGACUUCUUCAUGGGAAAGCAUUCAUGUGUGCCCAGUAGUUUGGGCCUUACUACAACUUGAAUCUUGAGAGCAUUGCUGUCAACGGG